GUUUCAGAGAGGUGACAGGACAGGUCGUGGGCAGGGAAGUGGAGGUGUUAGCAGUGGUGGUGGAUGGCAUCUGCUGAGUGGCUGCGAGGCAAUAGACGGAGGCAGGUGGUUCUGGCCUCAGUGCCGGGACGUGGGCACAGCUGUUGGUGGCUGAUUUCUCGGCGAGCCGUGACCGGUCAGCCCGCUGCGCGGCACUACGGGGUCCCCGAAGUGCAUCUACCAUGUCAGACCUGUACCAGAGCAGUCUCUUUGAGCCCACAGCCCCGCAAGAAAACCUGCUGGUUCGGGUUACCAAGAAGAAGCAGCCCAAAAUUGUAGCUGAACAGAAUCAUAAAGACAAAAAGCAAGUAUCUGCAUCAACCACAACUUCCUCCCGCCCGAACCAUUCACUUGUUGCAUUUCUUGCAUAUUUUACUCAACGUCGAAAGAUAAACAACAACAAUAAUAACAACAAAUUCAAUCACGAGCACCUCUCCAAGGUUUCAGAGGCUCAAGGCGGCGGUGCUCACGCUCCGGCACCGAGAGGCAGUACAAUGUUCAGCUUGUUUCGUGGCAAACAUAAUUCUGAUUCUUCCGAGAGAAAGUCACCUCCAGAAGAGGAAACAUCCGAGUCUCAAGAUCAAGUGGCUGAUGCAAAAGAACCCGACAGUCUAAGGCCUCAAGCCAAAGGUGACACGGAGGUGCUGUGUCAGGGGCUUCUUGCGAAAACUGACUCACUGGGCCAAAAGUGUUUACUCUCUCAAGGCUCGGAGACUGACUCACCCUUGGCACCAGAACCCCGCAAGCACAGAAACAAUGAGCUCGGCGAUUUCCUCGAAACUGUCGGCAAUAACGGAGGCGAAGCGCGAUCAAACGAGAAUGAAACGUCUUCCAAGUACGAGAAGUUCGUGGAUUCCUCUGACCUGCAGGAACAAAUGAACAGUAUUAACCUCAAGCGAUGCAAAGACGCCGUGAUGCCUCACUCCAUCCACUCGUCAGUCGCGCACCCAGCGCAUUCUGAAAGUUUAUCCAUUCCACCUGUCAUUGAGGAAACGGAGGAGGGUAAUGCUGACGAGCCGCACGUUAUCGAAGUCUUUUUGCCUCAGCGCGAGCCUUCCGUCCAAGAGUCACCGAACCGAGUGUUUGUGCCGAGUUCGUGCGACAUCCCGGGGACGCAAGGAAGCACAAGAAAACGCAACAAGCUACGCCACAUCUUGCGACGCUUACUCUCUGUGAAUGGCAGGCUCAGGAAAGAAGAUAAACAGUGGUUAGUGGAUGAGGAAGAAGAGGACGACGAAGAGGAGCAGGUGAUGGCUGAGACCAACGUUGACGGAGAUGACGCCGAGGAGGACCAAAAGUGUACGGCUUCAAGGACGACCUCGACCGAGGACGACACACAGGGCGUCACCCCAGAGAAGAAGAGGCGACCAGGAACGAAAGGCCUCUGUCUGGGCUGGGGCCGCCGUGUCCGACGCUCUCUGGGCCUCGGGUGUCACUAUCUCGGGCUUGGCGUCCUCAGCAUCACCAACUACAUUCCCGAGGCCGUCUUCAUGGGCCCUGUGAUCCCCAGGAAGAACUACGACACCGAUUACAUCUACUUCUCCAGCGACUAUGUGAUACCCGAGUACAUGUGAGCGUUGGGGGGAUCGACACCCACCUGACGAUGGCGUUAAAGGAAAGUUUCAGUGAUAUUGAUACUUGAUGCUGUUGAAGGGAUGAUUCGGUGACAUAUUAUUUCCUGAUACUCUUCAGGGAAUUACAUAUCGGAUUUUUUUCUUAUUACAUUCACAGCCACGCAAAAUAAAACCAUUCCAAGAGCUGUUAUCUCCCCAUACAGUCGAAUAAUCCACAAAACUUUCAUUAUACUUCAAUAUUGUUCACGGGGAGGAAGGAAAAGAAAGGUUGAUUCGUCAUAGUUUGGUGUCGUAUAAUACAGCCUUGUCGCCACUGUCUCCGCCUCGUUCCAGAAAAUAAUGAUAAUUGAGAAUUCUCCCCCACGCUGCCGCCUCCCUCAUCACCACCCCGUCACGAUCUCCUUUGUACCAUCAACUUAUUAACUUCAAGGGAAUUCACAGCCUCCUCAACCAUUAGCACAGUUGAUCCCUGUUCUCUCGUUGAGUCUGUCGCCGUUCGUAUUCUCGGCGAGUUACUUUGUUAUUAGGGAACAUUAUGAUUCUUGUUUUCCUGGUUAUUGCCACUGUUUAUUUUACACCGUUACCCACACACGACCUCCUCCACGAAUUACCUUGCUGUUGGUGAUGAUUCUCCUACUCCCUUGCUUAUGUUGUUGUUGUUGUUAUUAUUGUUAUCUUCAUACUGUUUCAUCGCAUCUGUGUCCUCAUCCUCCAUUGUAACUCAUCAUAUACGUCAGUCAUACGUUUCAGUCAUCUCCCAUCUUUCUGUUCUUGUUCACACACACACACACACACACACACACACACACACACACACACACACACACCAGCAAUACUACUCUGGGAACCACUUAUCUACACUCUCAGUUCAUACCAUCAUCAUCAUCAUUGCACUAAUAGGAGCACAGUUAUCAUAUCUGUCACGAAAUAUCUCAUCCUCCAUACCCAGCUAUGUAGGUAUGCAUUUAGCUCACUACUCGAAGUCAUCACAAGGAUCACCAGUCAUCCUAACAGCCACGCCCAGCAUCCACUGAUCACCACAUCACAAUCAUUUUAAUCAUAAUCUUUUGAUGGUACAGGCAAAAUGAAUCAUUGUCCCUCAUACUGGAUAAUGAUUUCAUACGAUUAAGUUUUCUAUAAGUUGAGCAUGUUUGGAUAAGUCUUCAGUAAUCUAGAGUAGUUGAAGUUUUGGUAUAUUUAGUAUAAUAGCAAGUAAGUUUUCACCCCAUGAAUACUACUGUAAAACUGAUUGUAAUAACAUUUUUAGACAUCA